AUGUGUGAUGACCUCUGGCACCUAGCCGAGGCCACUGUUGUGUGCCGCCAGCUCCAGAAUGGCCAGGCGGUGGCAGCCCCCACAGGGGCCCACUUCAGGGCAGGCUCUGGGAAGAUCCUGCAGGGUGAUGUGCAGUGUGUGGGCAGCGAGAGCCACCUGGGGCAGUGUGUGCACGGGGGCCGGGCAGGGCACAAACGUGGGCACUUGGACGACACCAGUGUUGUCUGUGCAGGCUGGGCCCCUGUGCGGCUGGCAGGCAGCCACGGGAGCUGCGCAGGCCGUGUGGAACUUUUCUACCAGGGAGUCUGGGGAACCGUGUGCGAUGACCUCUGGGACCUUCCACAAGCAAACAUCGUCUGCAGGCAGCUGGGCUGUGGCUGGGCCAUCUCAGCCCCGGGUGAGGCCCACUUUGGGGAAGGUUCUGGGAAGAUUCUCCUUGACAACGUGCACUGCAGGGGAGAUGAACAGCACCUUGAGGAGUGCUCCCAUGUUGGCUGGUUGUCCCACAACUGUGGUCAUGGGGAAGAUGCUGGCGUGAUCUGUUCAGGUCGCCCAUUGGCUGCCAUGGCAGGGACAGUGGCUGCAGGAAAAUCUCAGUGCGGCAGCAUCAUUACUAACUCAUCUGGAGCGAUUAGGAAUCCCCCGCGAAAUGAAAUGCACGACAACAUAACCUGUGUGUGGGAAAUCAAGGCGAACGCAUCCGAUCAUAUACUGCUGGCUUUUCCAUACCUUAACCUCGACUGCACCAAUGAAUAUUUUGAAAUCCUGGAUGGCCCUCCGUCCUCAGCAAAGUCCCUGGGGAAGACCUGCUCUGGUUCCUACCUCGUGUAUGCAUCCUCCUCCAGCUCAAUGACCCUGGUGUACUUCCGAAGCUUCAACAACAUAGGAAAAAACUUCAUUGCUUAUUAUUAUUCUGCAACCAAAGAGGCUGUGUCGCAGACUCCACAUCUCAUCACCAUCCCGACAGCAACACCCAAGAUAGUAACAGCAAGACCCGGAUUCAGUCACAACACCAAGGCAGGGUCUUUCGGGAACUCACACCUCCCAUCUCUACCUGCAGGGGACUGGCCAGAGCUGCGACUGGUGGGUGGCUCAGGUCGGUGCUCCGGACGCGUGGAGGUCCUCCACCAGGGAGCCUGGGGUACCGUGUGCGAUGACCUGUGGGACCUGAAUGAAGCUGAGGUCGUGUGCCGACAGCUUGGGUGUGGACGGGCUGUUUCCAGCCCCAGUGGGGCCCACUUUGGCCCAGGCUCUGGAGACAUCUUCCUGGACAACCUCCAGUGCUCUGGGGUGGAACGCUACCUGGGCCAGUGCGCCCACUCGGGCUGGUCAGAGCACAACUGCGGCCACCAUGAGGAUGCUGGGGUCAUCUGCUCAGAUGCCGAAGACCUGCCUCUGCCCACGCUUCCAGAUCACUCAACAAAUUCUCAGGACCAUGUAACAGGAGGAAGUAACUCUUGUGGAGGGGUCAUCUCUAGUCUCUCUGGCUCAUUCUCUAGUCCACAGUAUCCAGAAAACUACCCCACAGACAUCCAAUGUGUUUGGGAGAUCCAUGUGGGCAACAAAUUCCACAUAGAACUCAUGAUUCCAAGUUUGAAACUGGAAGAUAUCCUUGGAUGUCCCUAUGACUCAGUUGAAAUCUUCGAUGGCCCUAGGAUUGCCUCGCUGUCCAUGGGGAAGUUCUGUGCCCCAGUAGCUGUGAUGUUUUUCUCCUCCUCAGACAUCAUGACAGUGGUGUUCCGAAGUGAUUCUGUGAUAACCAACACUGGCUUUCAUGCUGUGUUCAAUGCUAUUCCACAGAGUGAAAAGGAGUCAGAAGAUGGACCAGUGCUGCGGCUGGCGGGUGGCUCCGGACGAUGCUCGGGACGCGUGGAGGUCCUCUACCAGGGAGCCUGGGGCACCGUGUGUGAUGACCUGUGGGACCUGAAUGAAGCUGAGGUCGUGUGCAGACAGCUGGGGUGUGGACAGGCCAUUGCUGCUCCUGGAAAGGCCUACUUUGGCCCAGGCUCUGGAGACAUCCUCCUGGACAAUGUUCAGUGUUUGGGAAGUGAGAAUCACCUUGGCUUGUGCCCCAGCUCCAGCUGGUCAGAUCACAAUUGUGGCCACCAUGAGGAUGCUGGUGUCAUCUGCUCAGGUAUGUCCCUGCGACUGGUGAAUGGCAGCCACAGGUGUGAGGGACGGGUGGAGGUGUCCUACAAUGGCACCUGGGGCACAGUGUGCGACGACAGCUGGGAUUUGACAGAUGCCAGGGUGGUGUGCCAGCAGCUCGGCUGUGGUGAGGCCCUGUCGGCCCCAGCCCAGAGCUACUUUGAUGGAGGCACUGGCCACAUCCUUCUGGAUGAUGUGCAGUGCAGGGGGAGUGAAGCCAAGGUGUGGCAGUGCAUGCACAAUGGGUGGUUCUCCCACAACUGCGGCCACCAUGAGGACGCCAGCGCCAUCUGCUCCGGUGAGUGCCUGUAG